UUGUUUCAACUGCUCUCUCUCCAAAAUUAGCACCCAUCCCUUCUCUCUCUCUAUAUAUUAUAUGAUUUGUGUCUAUAUAACUAACGGUAUAUAGCCGGCGAAGUUGUAAUAUUUUCUUGUUGUAGUAAUAAAAGUCUACCAUCAACCGUCCAAUGUGUAGACUUUGACCGAUCGAUCUUGAUCGGAGAUUCAUCGCCGCCGAUGGGGCAUUGCUGCAGCAAGAACGUCUCCGCCUCCGUCGUCAAGGACGACACCACCGUCUCCGUCGCCCCCAACCACCGCGCAAAACCGCCUCUUCCGGCGGCGACUCCCUCCGGUAACGGAACCGUAGACGUCCAGUCCAAUAAGAACACUCCAGCUCACUCCUUCUCGGCUAGCCCAUGGCAAAGUCCUUACCCCGCCGGAGUUGCACCGUCGCCGGCGAUGACUCCGCGGAGGAUAUUCAAGUGGCCUUUCCCUCCGCCAUCGCCGGCGAAGCCGAUCAUGUCGGCGAUUCUGAAGCGGCAGGCGCCGCCGAAGCCGGCGAAGGGGCCGAUACCGGAAGACGACGGUGGAGAUGGUGAAGUGCUCGAUAAGAGCUUCGGUUAUCCGAAGAACUUUGCCGCCAAGUAUGAAUUGGGGAAGGAGGUAGGGCGAGGGCAUUUUGGUCAUACUUGUUGUGCAAAGGGUAAGAAGGGAGAGCUUAAGAAUCAACCUGUGGCUGUGAAGAUAAUUUCCAAAGCUAAGGUUUUGUUGGAUUUAGAGUUUCAACAUCAGCAGUGAAGUUGGAGAAAUCUC